ACGUGAUUUUUCACACAGGUGCUUCAUCUGCUUGCCAGUGCGACUAUUUGGGGAAGAUAAGCUGCGCCUCUUCACUCCUGAGCCGUUUUAUGUCUUCCUUCAGCAUCCUCGCUGGUUGACGCGCAGUUUUAGUCUGUGCAGCCAAAAAGAAGAAGAAGAAGAAGAAUAAGAAAAAAGGAAACAAAUUGCUACUUCUGACUGCGAGUUUGCGAAUAGUUCUUGAGGUUUUUAGGGCACCUUUUCCAAAGCGAAGAGUUAUUAGACAGUCGAGGGCUGAAAAAGAUGCUUUAUUGUUCUAAACAAAUACUUCAGUCCUUGUUCUUUGGAUGCCUGGCUUUUCUUGCUGUGACCUCUGUUGUGAACGCAGAAGGUCGUGUGUUUGUUUUAGACCCGAGCAGUUUGCAGGCCUUCGGGAAACCAGAGCAGGCGUGUGCCUCGCAAAAUGCCCGCCUGGCGUCAGUGGAAGAGCUCCGUCAAGUCGUGGUGGAGUGCUUCUUCUCUCACUGCACCCGCGGGUGGCUCUACGGAGGCACGGUGGGAACGACAGUUUGUAAUGCUGAGGGGAGUUCACUGAAGGCUGUUAAUGUGAAGACAGAAAACGCUACAGAGGACACUACACACUUGAGUGCCUUCUGCAUGAAAGACAAAGCUGUGACCUGUGGGGAUCCUCCAUCGUUCCCCAACGCCCGUCUGCAGGAUCACUCAGGGUUUGAGAUGGGAGACGAGCUGCUGUACUCGUGCACACCAGGUUAUGUGAUGCCCAGCGGUCACUCUGCCUUCAGCUUGCUGUGUGACAGCUGCGGCGAGUGGUACGGGACUGUGCAGAUUUGCAUUAAAGGUGCAACUGAAACCCAUGUAGAUUACGAAGACAAGUUUGAAGAUUCCUAUGAAGAAACAGAUCAUGAUCAUGACAGUCAAGAAGACAUAUUCAGAGAUACUUCUCAAGAAGGGAAGGGGAUUCUGCAGCAGCAAGAAACAAAAUUUUGGGUCAAUGUAGAAGAGGAUCACCAGGAUCGCCAUGAAAUGCAUAAUAUUGGAGUAAAGGUGAUUAAUAGCAGUAGAACCUUUGGAGGAACUGUGGAUGAAGUAGCAAUGAGAGAGGAAGAUGCUUUCACGGUCCAUCCCAGGUUUGAGCAGGACAGUACCAAGUUGGUCCGGACUGGUGCAGCUCCAGCCACAAAGGAGCCUGUUUCUCUUCUCUCCCAAAAACACAUGUUCUGGUUCCCCUCUGAGGCUUUCCAGGAGGAGGUAUCGCCCAUCCCCAGCGACUCAGUCACACAAGCAACACAGAGAGCUUCUGGUGCCCUGUCUGAGGAGAGCAAAGAAAACGAGAGCCAAGAAAGGCUGGAAAGCACCGACUCUGUCGAUCAUGACGAUCAUGACGAUCAUGACGAUCAUGACGAUCAUGACGAUCAUGACGAUUAUGAUGAUGAUGAGAAAGGCAGAAAUAAAGAUCAAGAUGAUAAAAUAUAUGACAGAGAUGACAAUGAUGAUCAGGAUGACAGCCGCCAUGAUGACCUGGACAUCCAUGAAGACGACCGUACCGAUGAUCACGAUAAUCAAGAUAAUCAUGAUAAUCACGAUGAUCACGAUAAUCACGAUGAUCACGAUGAUCAUCAUGAUCAUGAUGAUCAUGGUGAUCAUCAUGAUCCUGACAGUCAUCAGGAAGAGGAUUUUGAUGACAAUAUGAAGCAACCGACUCACUACAACAACUCGGACAGACCUGAUCGCAGAGUUGAUGAUGAUCAUGAUGACCAUUAUGACAUGGGCGAGCACGAAGACGGCAGUGAUCGCACCAAAGAAUACGAUGAUCGUGAUGAUGCAUACGACGAUCACCCAAGUCAGGAGGAUCAUGAUGAUGAUCACAAAGACAAUGAUGGAGAACAUCCUGAUAAUUCAGAGGAACAUCCAAAAAGUGACGAUCAUGAUGAUGGAGAGGAACAUUAUGAUCACGAUGAAGAUGACAUUCACGAUGAUCGUGAAGACAAAGACGAGGAGAGAUAUGACGACCAUGAUAGCCAUGAAGAUGAUGAUCAUCACCCACAUCUAAUCAUUUCUGUAGCCAAUGAGCCGCGGCCAAACAUCACCCAGAGGGAAGAAGGAAGUAAGAGCACUAAAGAUAGUACUUGGCUUGAUGGAUAUCCUGUUGACCUAUUUGACACAGAAAAUAGUGAUUCCACAAAAGGGCAAAUGGGAACCAGUAUGGCAAAGACAACAGACAAACCCAACGAUGUGGAAGUACGUAAGCGGGUUCCUCACUUCAGUUUGUCAGACGGAGAUACAUCCUUCACUAUGGCACCUAAAUCCAACCAAGGGAGGGAGAAGAAGAACUGGCCUGGCUCCAGGACUCCAGCUACCUCAUCUGACCAUUUAGAGCGUUCAAACUCCCCCUCAAACUCCGACACCCUUGAUUACGACACACAACAAGUUCCUCCCACCCACUCCUGGCUGGACGACCUCACCAAUCACCCUUUCCUAGAUCACGGCCCAGCUCCCCCGGUGCAUGAUGGGAACACGUUUCCUGGAGUGAUGGAGGAACACACUGUGGACGAUCUGCCAGGUAUGAUGGGUGAGAUGGAAGGAGAGAAGAGGAAGACGAUCUGUGUGGGUGAGGACUGUCCGCCCCACCCUCCAAGCUCAACCACCCAAGGGGCAAAGGUGGCCGCCAUCAUUGUAGCGGUGUGUGCCGUGGCCACCGCGGUCAUCAUUGGAGUUUGGUGUUACAGACGGAAACAGCAGAAAAGUUCACUGUACGAGAUGAACGGAAAAGGUCAAAGCCAGAGCAGACCGGGCCAACAAAUAGAGAUGCAGCAGAAAGUGUAGAAAUGGAGAACGAGGACGUUAAUGAAGAGCAGAGACAAAUAUAGAAGAAUUAAGAUAAACAAGAGGAAUGAACUUCCCUACAUCACAUUAGACACUACUACAGAUGUGAACACUUUGGGUUUGAUAACUAGCUGCAUUUCUGCUUCUGUGAAAAAAAACCUUGCUGAGUUAGCUAUAAAUAUACCCCCAUAUUAUUACUUUAAAACUUCUGCAUGUAGCUGGAUGCAAACAGGCUGGGCCUAAAAUAAAGAAACUAGAAAAUACAGGAAGCUAUUCCUCCAUGACUAUAUCAACUGGGACUUCCGAAUUUAAAUGUUUUCAUAAUUUUACUGAUGCUUGUUUGUAUUUCCCUGGGUUAUGCUAAUUUUUUACUUUUUUGAAUGCCUUGAUGCUUUGCUGUAAAUCAAGAAUGUCAACCCUUGGAAUCCAUUGUCAUACAAGCUUUAGAUCUGUUG